AUGUUGCGUCUCCGAAAAGCAUUUCGCUACCCGGAAUCGGAUAAUGAUGAUAGUUCACGUGAAGAACUGGACGAGCAGGAGCAGGAAACCCUAAUUCAAAGUCUUCGCCGCCAGGAUGAAGAGCGGAAUGCCCAAUACAAGGUAGGCUACGAUCUCAACCCUGGUCCCGCUCGUCAUAGACUAAUACUUUCACAGCUGGUGUUUACAAUACUCCCAUUGGUUUCAUCUAUCAUCUAUUUUCCCCGUUCCCUUGCGCCAAGUAACACCCCUUUGCAGACCGCUUUCUGUGUAUUGGGAAUCGCGUCCUUGGUAGCAACCGCAUAUAUUAUGUGGGCCGUGACACCAACUCGCCCAGACAGAAAGGGAAAGCGUCCGAUUAGAGAUAUUGAGCGCGAGAAUGGAUUCCUCAAACGAUAUUUAGCUCAGAUCAAUUUCCUGGCUUGCGCCUCUCUUUCGGUCGCUGCGUGCUUCGUUGGAGACCCAUCUGGCUCCAAAGACUUACUACGGGUACUAUAUGUUGUGCCAGGCGCGGUAUAUCUUGUUGUCUACAUUGUGCGGAAAACGAUGAUGUCUGUCGACAUUGGGGAAUUGGAACGCCUCCGCUAUGAAUUCAAAGGGGCUUGA